AUGAAUGUAAAAAAUUAUAUAUUACGUAAACUUAUUGGUGAGUCUUCAAAUACAUUGACAGUUGAAUAAGUUUAGAAAAUACUUGAAUCAUAAUAGGAUGAUGAUAGAAUAUUUAGGUAAAAUUACAUUUGCGAAAUAGAGCAAUAAUAAAUUCAACAUUGUCCAAUUAAAAAGUAUAGACAAUCAACUAAGAGUUCCUAAUAAAUUCUUCAACAGAUUUUGGCAAUUUAUUGUUGAAGUAAUUGCAAUCCAGUCUAGUAAAUAUAUUAAUCUAUAUCAUCAUUUUAGUAAUCUACAUAAUCAAAGAAAUAACUUUAAUAAUCAGCCUAAAUUCCCUUAGAUAUCAAUUAAUUUAACAUUGAUAUUUCACAAACUGAUUUAAUAAAAUAAUAACUUUAAUUCAUCUAUCGAUAAUACAAAGCUACUAUUCGAUAAAAUGGUGAUGGAUUAAAAGAAACAUUAAUUUAUCUUGAAAAUUUAAAUUUAGCAGAAUAAAUAAUUCAAUCUUAGUAUGCAGAAUAAUGUAUUCUAAAAGCACCUCAAUAUAUCGAAGGAAUUGAUUAAAUUAAUUUAUGGUGUGAGAAAAGCACUUCUUUAUAUUAGAUUGUAAUCUCAACUAGAAAACUAUUGUAAUCAAAUAGAAGCACUGCAUUAAAAAAAUAAUUGCAAAUUGUUGAAAAAUACAAAUCAAUAUAAAGAAUUAAAUAUACAUUGGAAAAAUUAAUGAUUCUAAAAUCUACUUUUGGGUAAUUAGCAUAAGCCAUGAAUAUAUAUGAUGAUAAUGCAUAUGAAAUCAUACCUAUUAUGAAAGAAACAUAAAAUAAUAUUAAUAAGUAUAAAUUAAAUGAGCUAAAUUUAUCAUGUAUAAGUGAUAACUUUUUUGAUAAUAAAAUUGAAUCUUUGAAAGAAAGAAUCAAAUAAGGAAUUUUAGCCAAUUUUAUGAAAUUUGAUGAAAAAAAAUACUAUUCUCUUUUGAAAAGUUAUUAUUUUAUUGAAAAACAUUACUAAAUGUAAUCUUUUGUAACUUAAAUUUGGGUUUUAGCUAAAAGGAGUAUUAGUCAAACCUUUAAAAAUGCUAUUAAAUUAUUUGAAUAAUCAUAUAUUCCUCAUAAAAUCUAUUAAAAUUGCAAAGAUGAAGAUUUACUCUAAUUCUACAAAUUAUUAUAUAGUGAAUUGGUAGAAUUAAUGCUAAAUUUUCAUUAUUGUAAUAGGUUUCAUUAAGAAAAUGAUUUUAAAAUUGAAGAAGAAGAAAAUAAUAUUAAAUUUGAAGAAUAUACUGAAUAAAUUAGAUAGUCAUAUUUAGAAAUGAGAUAAUUAAUAUGGUAAUAAAUUCAAAAGAAAAUUGUUAAAAUCAUUGUUGCUCAUUCAAUAAAUAUUAAAUCGCUAGUUAUUGAAUAAUUAAUUUAUUUUUUAAGUUAUAAUUGCUUAUUAAUAAAAAGAGCUGAAGAUUUUAGCCAUUCAGAUUCCCAAAGGUAAAAAUUUGUAUAAUAUUUAGUUUAACUAAAUGCAUUAUAGAUGUUUAUAUGAGUUUUGUUUAAUAAUUUCAUAAAACAAAUUUAAAAUCAAUAAGUACAUACUUAUAAAAUGAAUUAUACUAAAGAUUACCAUUAACAAAAGAUUCCAAGUUGACAUAAUAAUUAGAAUAGCUAUCAAAUUUAAAUUAAGUAAAUAAAAAACUUUUUGAAUAUUUGAUUGAAAAGAGAGAAGAGAAUUAUCAAUAAGAAACAAAGAAAACAGUUGAUUUUUAAGAUUUAAUAAAUAAUGAUAAAGAAAUGCAAUUAUUUUAUUUAUUUGAAUAUCAAAAUCCUUUUGUACUUCAAUAAGAAGAAUUUGAUUUAAUUACUAAAGCCAUUUGGAUUAAAAAGUAUAUAACUUAACCAACAGGUAUUUUAAAUUAAAUUGAAUCAGUAUUAUCAUCAUCUAGUAUAAGAAUAUUGGAAUUGCUUCCUUAAUAUGCUUUGCUUUCCUUCUAUCAUCCUUCUUGUCAAUAGUAAAUAAUAUUAAAUUUCCUUCAAUUACUUGAACUUUAUAUGUUUGUUUCAUAUAAUUAAUUAGUAGGAAUGACAUAAUAAAAAUAGCUUUUGGAAAAUUUUACUUAAACCAUAAAAUUUGAUGAAAGCAAAGAAAUUGAAUACUUUAUUUAAACUUAUGAUUAGUAUAGUGAUUGUUUAGUGUUAUAAGAGCGCUUUUGUUAUUUUAAAAGAUUUGUUUAAAAAUUUUGUAAAGAAGGAAUAGAUUUUAAAGAGAUAGAUAUAUUUUAAACAAAAGAAAAAAGAUAAUAUGUUGAUAUUGCAGAAAGAGCCAUAGCUUCAGAAUCUUUAGCAUAUUUACUUUCUAUUACUAAAUCUGUAUUUUCACUAAUUAAUAUAUAAUCUUAAAAUUUUGAUAUUUUUAAAGAAGUCUAUAAUUAAUACAAAGAAUUUAUUUAUAGAAAUUUUGUGUAAACAUAUAUUAAAAUUGAUGGAAUAAUAUAAUAUGUACCUUAAUAAAAAUGGGAUUUAAAAGAUAUUCAUAAUGAGAAUAAUAAUAUUUAUUUAGAUAGAUUAAUUUAAUUUAUUCUUGAUUAAAAAGAAAGAUUAAAAAGCAUAGGAGGAGGGGUUAUUCCAUUAAAUGCUUAGAAAGAUAUUUUUUCAUUUUUGGCAGAACAUUGCUUAAAUGUUUUAUUAGAAACAUAUGGGAAAAUAAAAAAAGUAAAACAGCUUUAGAUUAAUAUAGUUAAACUCAAUUGGAAGAGAUUAAAUGGUUUUUGAAUAUACUACUUGUUGUUAAUCAAUUGAAUCAAGUUAAAAGAAUACCAAAGAAGUUGUACUUAAUCCUAAAAUUACAUUAAUGUAAUUAGAAUACUUGAAAGUUUUUAAUUCAUAAUAAUAUGAAGAAAUCGAUUAGUAUAUCCAAAAAUCAAAAGUAAAUAUGAUUAAAUACUAAUAUUUAGACUUAGAUUCCAUUAAGAUUACUGUAUAAUUUAAUGAGCUCAUGUACAAGUUAUAAUAAAUUAUCAAAAUAAUAAAAAAAGGACAUUUCAGUUAAAUUUUUCAAAGAUUAUUAUGAUACAUUUAAAUUAUUUUGA